AUGGUUGGUGUUGGCUGGGUUGCACUUAUGAAGGGUAUUUUGGGUAUUUCUGAAGGUUACGCGAGGACCCUGAAGAAGCUAAGAAUACUCGAUGGAUUUGGUUUGGGUUCAGCCUUUUCCAAGAUGGAAGGAAGAUAUUCGGAUGCCGGUACGCAUGUGUUGCAUCCCCAUGCAAUGCAUAGAUGGUUAUGUGGGACAUUCGGAAGACAUAUGUUGCCAAGGCUUGGGCGACAUGCAAGUAUGACACCUUACUUGUAUAGCUUGAGGAUAUGGACUAUCGUGGACGCUAAAGGAAUGACUGACAGAAGUGUGGGUAAACCGAUGGUGUGUUGGAUCGCUAUGUCUUGA